UAUUUAAUUUCUUUAUCUUCAGGAGUCUUAAAAACAGUUCAUUUGAAUAGCUUUUAUUACUCGGUUUCUGAAUAUAGACUAGCCAUUUAAAGAGUGUGCUAAAUUUAAAAAUGGCUGCCAACGGAGGAAAACAUUGAAAAUAGCUCACUAAAAUGACAGAAAUAUCAUGAGAUGCCCAGUGAAUUAGCCAGAUUUGUUGAGAAUGGGGACUCCAGGUACGACCAAAGUUGUAUUUUUAAUUGACAGAAAAUGUGGAACUCAUGAUGAGAAUGCGUUUGCGGCGAUCAGAUUAGCAGUGUUGAAAUUGUUGACCCACUUUGCGUGCAAAGAUGGCACCGUCAACGAGAAAAUGCGAUGGGGUUACCGCAUUUUUGAUUCCACAAAAGAGUGUCAAAUGUACAAGAAAAGAGCGAUUUGGCUGCAAUACAGUUAUAAGCAUUUCAAAUAUUUUGAGGAGCAUUUGGAUGAGAAUGUACCACGCCAGGGUGGCAAGACGCGAAGCAAAACAUGGACCCAUCAUCAUGGUAACAGCAGCAGAGAUGGCAGUAGUGGCAGAGAUGCUCCCCGGAGCUUGGGCUUGGCACUUGAGGAAGUGCCCGAUGGAGAUUCAGCUGCACGGGCGUCCUCUAGCAACAACAUUGCAGACGAUGACUCCGAAGUCGAAGAUACAAGUUCGGCCUACGCUCUUCGCUAUGCAUUGCAAGAUGUAAUGCAUGACUUCCAAUGGGAAGAACCAGACAUGUGUUCUCCGAUGAAAUCAUCAUCCCGAGCUCGCUCAGCACGGCAUCGACGGAAAAAGAGAGAGAACUCGCGACUUUCUGCUUCGCGCAGACAAUCCAGUGCAAUAUCUUCCUUGAUCAGCGAUGGACGACAGAAGCACAGGAGGAAAGAGAAGAUGAUUUUUCUUGCUAUGCAGUGCCCGUCCUCUAUGCAAACUCUUGAAGAAUUAGUUGGAGAUGCUACAAAGCUGAACUCUGCUCUUUCUCUGCGCGAUACAAUCAUCUCAAAAGAGUUCCUGGCAGAUUUUUGUGGAGAGCAAAAUGGACGCCUUUUCUGGCUCAACACCAAUAUGGUACCACCAGCCAGACCAACACAUGACCUCCUGAGUGGGAUGCUGAGUCACACUGCAGGUCAGGUGAUCUCUCUGGGAUGGCUUAUGAACAGCGGUUGUCAUGUGACGUCUUGCCUUCAUUCAGUGCAAGCUACUCAGCAGGCCAUAGAGCAGAAAGCAGCAAGCAAGAUGGAAAAGAAGGAGGUAGAUAUAGAAAGAGGUGAAGAUGACCAGUCUGAAAAGAAGAUUCCAGUUCCUAGAAAUCUUCUACCCCUUUCCAUCAUCAUUGAUUACUUCCUGAGGUCAAAUGUCAGGUCGGAGCCUGGGAUGGUAGAUGAAAUCUCUUCUACUCCCAAAGAGACCUUCCGGGCAAUACUGUGCUCUAAUAAAGCCGACACUGGAUCUGAUCACUGUAUGCUAAGGAUGAUGCCUAUGUUCACACCAAAAAGUAAUUGUGCUCCUGAGAGUUCCACCCCAGGCUCCGCAGAGACAUUUGUCAUUCACAACACAGAGGAGAGCAAGACAACGAAAAAGAAAAAGACAGCCAGAAACCAGUCAAACAACUCCACCAAGCAGGCUUCCACCAAUCACAGCACAGCAUUCAGCAUAGAGACUGGUAACCAGACCCCAUCUCAGGCACUGGCCACUCCUGCAACUGAAGCACCAUCGCCUGAGUCUCACACCGUUACCAUCAAAGCCAAGAUUGACCGCAGACAGUUGGGGCUGAGCGCCUUUGGCUCCUCCAGCACAUUUUCCUGUAUAGGGUACGACUUGUUGAAGGGGAGCGAGGACGACGAAAGCAGCGGUGUAACAAGCGACGGUCGUCUGUCUCGAUGGUUCCGAGAAGCUAUGUUGGACUUGAGCCAUCAAAGAAUGUCGCUGAUUGUUGAGCUUUCAUCAUCCAAUUCUUCAUUGACCACUCUUGGGGUCAUGGAGCCUUUAACCCCCGCCAUGGCUUCAAUCCGCCUCCUCCACCCCAAGUCCAUCAUGCCGUUAGCCACCGGCCUUGCCUUUCAGCCCCACCCUGUCUCAAGGGCACGGAUAUUCGAUGUCAAGGGUCGAGGGAGACCUGCAGCCACGACUGAGAUGAAGCGCUUCAUAGAGAGAUCAGCAAAAGCAAUUGUAGGGAGUGGAAAGACUGGUUGGCAUGCCAACAGGAAGAUGAAACGGACUGAAGAACUGUCCACCUUGCCCGAGACAGACCCAGGGAUACUGGAGGAGUUGAGCCACAUCGAGAGAGCACGCCACGAACCAUUCCAUGCCAGCUGGCUGGAACCCUGGCACAUCUCUGCCCCAUCCAGGCACACAUGUGAUCAAGUAGUGGAGCAACUCUUGAGUAUUCCAGAUGACAAAAAGUCCCCAAGUCUCCAAUCCCAUCACGAUGCAUUUUAUAUGCAGCUCAAGGACAUCAUGGGUGGUGAGAAGGGAUCAACUGAAGUCACCAGUCCACUUUCAGAGUCAAUGCCAGAUGACCAGUCUAAGAGUAUUCUUAAAGAUGGUACAGGUGUGAGACAGUCCCCACGCUUGAAACGUAUGAAGAGCAUGCCACUCAACGUUGGGCCCAGGGCGGCCAACAUCAUGGCCAUCAGCCGUAAGCUCCUGGCUAGCAGACCCAAGGUCGUGGUCAAGGACAAGAAGGGCACCACGCUGACCAAGAAGAAGAGUGACCCCAUCCCGAUCAAACUCCCAGAUGUUUCUUCUGUGGAAGACUUGACCAAACACUUGAAACAGAACUAUGAAGAUGUUUUAACACGGAACUCCUGCUCACUGCGUUUCACCCAGUCCACCAUCGCUGUUGUCUUGCACUUCUAUAAGACUUCCCACCAAACAAAAAACCAAGAAGACAGCAUUUCCAACAUGAGGGCCCUCGUCGAAGACACCCUCCUCCUCACCCACAAGCAAGUCCGAGAACGCUACGCUGAACGCAGCAACGACCCCAGUGAGCGAGAGGUCAGGGUUCACGAGGUCGAGAUGCAGACUCUGCUUCGGAUGGAGAUGGAGUCGGUCGAACCCACGGACAUCGCGGCCGUCAAAGAGGAGGAGAAAAAAAAGAAGGCGGAGAAAGAGAAAGAUGACGAUGAUGAUGAUGAGAUUGACUUGCCAGAAGCUUUGCAGGACUCUGUGGAUGAGGUUGUUCAUCUGCUUGAGACGGUACCAAUUGUUGCAUCUGCAGACAAGCUUGCUUCUUUUCUGACUGAUAUUGUUCUAGCCAAUUAUGCGGAGACCAUCCCCUACAUGGUGCGCGCAAUCUACGAGGGGCUGGUGAAGCCAGUACCAUUGUUUCUGAUGUCUCCCAGUAGCGAUAUGACAGGAGUACCCUCUCACAAGCAGCCUGCGUCGUACAGGUCCAUCAGCUCUGGUGGCUCUCUCAAUACCCUUGGAUCCAACUCCAAUAGAUCAAGGGCACUUGUAAGACAUCCCAGCAUUGCCGAUGCAGCACCCAAGCGCAUCAUAGGCGUUCCUGCAAGACGACUACCAAACGAGAAGAAAAAGACUAACACUGGAGAGAAGAAGCAUAAGAAACAAGAGCAGGACAACACAGCUAAGACGGUGAAACGAAACCUCUUCAAUGAUGACAGCCCUGAUGCGAGUAAGUUCAGCAGAAGACGCUCGGUGGCUGUGAUGGAGACUCAUGCUCCCAGGAGGAGUCCCAGGAAAGCAGUGCAGAGUGGUCAGUUGGUCCUGAAGACCAAAGUGGUCAAGGAGACACCUGGCAAGAAACAAGUCAUAAAGGCCAUGCUCAACAAGCUGGACAGAGCAAGGAGGAGGAGCAGUUCUAAAGAGAGGGGAAUACCUGGUCCAGGUAGCAUGUUGGUCAUUGAAGAAUCCCCAGAGAAACCGGUCAACCUCACCCAACCGAACGUGAGACGUAGUCCUCGGGUGCCCACCUUUAAGCGAAGACCCUCCUUCUACAAGAAGCAAGAAAUUCACCGUGCUAAGCUCCUGGGAGCCAGGAUAGCCGGGACAAGCCCCCCUGCAGUAGCCCUCAAAGAAUCGCCCCUGUCAGAGAAAAAGGCAGAGAAGACCAAGCUCAAGUUGUCCCCAGCCACUUUCCUUCUCAGCGCAAUCACAAGUCCAGCCUCAAAAGCUCUGGCUGUGAACAAGUCACCAGCACCAGCCAAUUUCAAUUCACCAAGUCGGAAUACAAGGUCUAGGAUGGGCGUGACCCCUGUCAAGUUGGUGAUGGACAGUCCUGAAAGGAGUGCCAUGAGGACAACACCUCGUGCCAAGGCAAGGAGGCGCUUGAAUGAUGAGCUGUUUAAAAAUGAACCAAAGAAAAGUCCUGCCAAGGAUCUUUCAGCCAUCCCCAGUACACCCUCUAAAACACCAAGUAAGGCACAGUUGGGAGUCAUCCCCAGCGGACACAGACAGUCCCCAAGACUUCUGCAGAAGGGUGGAUCAGGAGGCAAAGAGAUAGAAAGAAGAGGAGAUGCUUCAGAAAGCCACGUUGAUUCUAAGAAGGUAAAUGUACCUGUAAAGACACCUACCAGACGUAGUCCCAGGAAAGCCUUGAGAAAGAUUGCCUUCCGUAAAACUGAGGAUGCAGGUCAGUUGAAGGACAGAACUAGUCCUGACCCGAAAGGAAAAGAAACCAAACUGUUUGAUGAUGCAACAGAAAAAGCAUCAAGCAAACCAAACUUUGAAGAGGAAGUUAAAGAACAAGCCAGUAGGACUGUGAAAAAUGAUGGAAAAGUGCGAGGAGAAAUGGUUGAUGUUUCUGUGAGGCAGGAUGGAGAGCCAUUGCAAGCAGCAGAAGAGGCAAGCAUUUGGUUUGACAAACUUGCGGAAGGCUCUACAGACAAGGAACAAGAUAUCAAUCAGGACAACGUUGUUGAACAUAAAAAGAGAAAUAGAAGUACUCCUAGUAAAGAGGAUCUUAGCACACCUCCAAUCAAACGAAGACGUACAAGGAGGGACACUUGUACACCUCCGUACGUGCCUGCCUCCAAAUGUACCACGCCAGAGGUCAUCAACAGUUGGCCUCGCAUCAAAAUCAGGUACAACAGCCCAUCCCCCAGCACCAGCAAAGUACUGAGCCCUUGCGAUAUCUCACCCAUAGUCAAAGUGGAUGAAAUCAUCGCCGAUUUGACUUCACCUCGUACAAGACGAAGAACUCCUCAGUCAUCCUCCAAGCAGACAGGAAGUGACUUUGGAAAAAAACGCAAGAGGCAGUCACCAGGCGUCAAUUCAAGUGAGAAGAAACAGCAUCGAUCAACUGGACGCUCCAAGAACUCCCCAAGAGCAAAAGGAUCCUUGCUGAGUAUGCUAACGUCCAAAAAUAAUCUAGAGCAGGGCUGUGUAUCACCAGUGUUUGGCAAGGCUUCCCAUGAUACAUCAACGUCAGAAGUACCAGGAAACAAAGCAUUGACAAGAAAAAUAUCGAGCUCCCAGAAGAAGCUGCAGCCUGUCAGGAAGUCAAAGUCUCCAGGAACCAAGGGCAGCAUCAGCAGUGCGGAAUCUUUGGACGAUCUGGACAGAAGCUUUUCUCCCAUAUUCGGGAAGAGCGUAGUCACCAACCCCAGUGCUUCUUCGCAGUCUGACGACGGCAGCAUCAAUCAACAAGAAUUGCCUAACACUGCAAAGAUGUCGUUUAUUGACCAGGGAUUAGAGUCGGAUGCAGACACUGACUCGGAGAUUGACUUCCCCAAGCUAAAGUCCGGCGAAGGAUCAGUGGGUACCCUGUCAGACUCGGAGAUGGCCAUGAUGAUGGACAAAGAUGCAGAACUUAACAAUGAGAAAGAGGAGGCACUGUCAAAGAGACACCUGCGUCGAAGUUCAAAUGAAAACUGUAGCGAUGGUGAUUCAGGUCACAAGAAGCUGCGGAAGAGGAAUCCAUCUCACACGUCACUUGGUCAAGAGCCUGUUCACCAGCAGCACCCUUCAACUCAUGAAAGAACUAUGGACAAAAAACAAGUUUCUGAAGAGAAGUUACUUGAUAGCAGUAACGUGGGAAAGACUCUUAGAAAACGUAGGUCAUCAGAAAGGCAGGAAUCUAGCUGCAAACCAAUGCAGGAUGUUAUUGAUGACAAAACAAUAGUAGUAGACCCCAAGCAGCUAUUACCUAAUUCCAUCCUAAGAGCACCAGAUUCAAAACUGCUUGAAGAUGUUGAAAACACCAGGCCUGAGGAACCUCCAAAGAAGAAGAAAAAGGUAACCUUAAAAACAAGGAUUUCUUCUUCCUUGGGUCAGCGUCGAUCAACUCCGUCCAGGCUCAGCAUGACCCUGAAGAGACCGAGUGCCAGAGAGAACUGGACAGUGACCGAUUCACCCGAACCUGCUUCGUUUAUCGGAGGUUCAGAGGACUACUCCCUCACAGCAAGUAGCUUGUCCUCUGCCGACGAUGAUGUCUUUGAUGUUGCGGGUCCCUCCACCUCGGAGGUCGCUUCCACUCCUCCUACGGGCAAGCCCAGCUUUGUGACCACGCCCCUCUCUGCUACAGGGCUCUACAGCCUCAUGAAUUCGCCUCUCGCUUUGGGCACACCUAAGAGUAGCAGGACCAGUCGUACUUCCAGACGGAACCUCCCCCUGCAGUGAUGAUUUGGUCUUUUGCUUGUUCUUGCCUUCAGCUGAGAAUUAGGGAUGCUGUUCCAUCAUUGUACAGUCAAACCUGCCUAUAGCGACCGACCAAGGGAAACACAAAAAGUGGUCUUUGUAGACAGGUUCCUUUAGUACAUGUUUCAAUGAGAA